AGAAACGUUGUUGUUCAUUCUCAUUGUAGUUGACUAUUCCAAAUCGACUCAAAGUCAUCGAUUUGAGAUGAGCGGAGAACUCGAAUCAAUGGCCAUGUAUUAUACGGACGACUCGAUUGUGCAAAACCACAGUGAGCAUACCAAAAGUAAGCUUUUGGUUCGAAAUCCUUUUGUCCGAAGAGAUAGACCUUGGCGACUGUUGGGCCUAAUCAAAGUUCUCGUCGGACUUGUGUUGGUACCAUUGCGCCUAUUAUUUUGUUUUUUGCUGUUGGUAUUUGUCUGGAUUUUGAUUCGAAUUCUGGCUUUAGGUGUCAGUCGUAAGGAUUUAGCAUAUCAUCCCUUGGAGGUUAAUGUUAUGGUUAGGGCUUGUAUUUCUUUUCUUAUUCGUCGUGGCGCUCGUCUUUUGUUGUUAAUUGUUGGUUUUGUUUGGAUAAGUGACGAAAGCCGCACUGUUGUUCCUCCUGAUUGCAUCGUGGUUUCCAAUCAUGUUUCUUUCUAUGAUAUUUUAUAUUUUCUAUCAGCGUUUGCGCCACCAUUUGUUGCAAAACAAGGCGUUAAAAAUAUACCUUUUGUAGGAUUUAUAGCAGAAAUAAUGGAAUGCAUAUUUGUGGAUAGAGAGAAUAGAACAAGUCCAAGUGCCACUUCCCUAAUUGCUUUACGUUUGGAGAGAAUUGACCUGUUGAAUAUCUCCUUUUCUUCCUGGAUGGCUCCUUCAGCACUUGUCAUGUUUCCAGAAGGAACAACUUCGAAUGGAGAUUGUCUCUUACGUUUUCAUACAGGGCCGUUUGUACAGAAACGUACCAUUCAACCAAUAGUACUGCAAUAUUCUUUUGGCGAUGCCGAUCCAGCUUUUGUAGGGUUGUCUUUUUUUCAUUUUUUACGUAUUCUAUCAGAGCCAUAUUAUAUAUUGCGUGUAAACUUUUUGCCAAGAUAUGUUCCAUCUGAAGAAGAAAAGACAAAUGGCAGGCUGUUUGCUGAAAAUGUGCGUCGCAGAAUGGCAACGAUUUUGAACCGUGCUCCCGUUGACUUGUCUUAUCAAGACAGAAUUCGUCGAAAGUUGUCACGCUGUGGUUUGGAGUUUGUAUCGUUACAUCCUGAUACAAGUAUUUUGGGUACUUCAGAUUAGAAAUAUUCACUAUUUAUUGUUUUCAAGGGUUCUGAAGAUGACAGUACAACCAUAAUUCCUUCCGCUACCUGUAUCCAUACAAAUAUUCUUGUACAGAUAUAGAGAGAAAAGUUAUGUUGAUCUCUUCUUUUUAUGUGAAUCGGGUAAUUGUGGUUUUCCAUGAAGCAGCAUUGUCUCUACGGAAUCGAUUUAACUAGGCACAAAAUGAUUUCCUUUGUAUGGAUUUCAUCUCCUUGUCGUUGCUGCUUUUCUUCAUUUAACAAUGCAAGUUGGAAAUAUCUCAAAACGAAAAAGGAUAUAUUGCGAAGAGCUUAUAGAAGAAACACUGCUUGUCACUACACUGGAAACAAAAGUGGUCCGCACUGUACUGCCUCUCCAGUAAACAAAGAACCAUCUGUUCUUCCUCAAAUGUCUCGAUAUCCAAAAAGCCUCCAAGAACAAGAAUAUUAUAUCAACCUUGUAGUUGAAGCUGUCAACAGGCACGAUGCUUCUUCUGCUUUGAGAAAAUCAGUUACUCUAUUGCUUCCUGACUUGAAUCCAGAGUUGGAUAUCUAUGACAGAAGAUUUCUGUUGAGAUUGGUAUGGGGACUAGUGAGGCUAUUGGUAUUGGAGAAACAAAAACGAGUAAGAAUAGUGGUGCAA